UCAUCACACGCGAAAGUCUGUCAUUCGCAGCGGUAGUUUUGGUACAGAGCAUUCCUUCCCAAUACUCGCCCUGCGCCACACCGAAAAACGGGUUCGAAACGAUGUGUAAAGUGAAUAGUUUGUGUAUUUUUCCAAGUGUAAUACGUUAGCAGAGAAGAUUUGUGUUCGCCGCUGUGCGUAUUUGAGGUCGUGUAAUAGCAUAUUCGGAGAGUGCAUUGGCAAAUAACGUAAAGUUCCGUGGCUAGAUUUGGAUCCUGUGGAAGGCAAUAAGGAUCGUACGCAGUUAGCAGUCUUUUCUUUCUGUUUUUUUUGUUGUUGUUGUUGUGGGUUGGCUUAUGCUGGAACUAACCACUUGGCCGAGAGUUCGGAAGGUAUCGCUGAACCGUGAAUCUGCCCGUACGCGAGGGCGUUCCGAUUGACCGUGUGUGUGCGCGCGGCUGCAUUACACACGGACACACGAAAAGCUCGUUUUUAUGCACGGGACGAUGUUGUUGGUGUGCGGGGUUCCAACGCUCAGAUGUGACAAAGAAGCGCGAGAGUGUUAGAGACGGCGCGUAUUGCAAAGGGGCUUGGAAGCGGAGUAAUAUACAGAAAAACACGCCACAACGCAAGCGGGAGUUGUAAAAGGCGUAAAAGAGGAGAAAGAACGCAAUUUUUGGUGGAGUGUGGUAACACGUUCAGCGUCGCAACACCCGAAUUCGGGUGAUGCUCUAUGGGUAUCGUCUCAAUAGUGGCGUUGCAAGGAUUAAUUCGCAAGUGUCUCACUACCAUGCUCUAGUAGAGAGACAGCGGACCCACACUCGUCCCUCCCCCUCUCUCAUCCCGCCCAGUGUGCGACACGCACCCAUUGCAAGGAUAAACCUUCCCAGGAUAAACAAACCAUAAAAAAUGGCGUCAACCGAUCCAACGAAAUCAUUGUUUACUACGCAAACGGAAAAACCAAACCAUUAUACCUACCUGAAGGAAUUUCGCGUCGAACAGUGCCCAUCGUUCCUGCAGCACAAAUGCAAUCAGCAUCGGCCGUUCGUGUGUUUCAACUGGCACUUUAUGAACCAGCGGAGACGGCGUCCGGUUCGGCGACGGGACGGUUCCUUCAACUACAGCGCUGACAACUACUGUCCGAAGUAUGACGAAACGACCGGUAUCUGUCCGGAUGGUGACGACUGCCCAUUCCUGCACCGCACGGCGGGUGAUACCGAGCGACGGUACCAUCUGCGCUACUACAAAACGUGCAUGUGUGUCCACGACACGGAUGCGCGCGGGUACUGCGUGAAGAAUGGGCAUCAUUGUGCGUUUGCGCAUGGUAUCCAUGACCAGCGGCCACCGGUGUAUGAUAUCAAGGAGCUGGAGGCGCUGCAGAACGUAGAGGACCCGGGCGAGGGCCUGAAUGGACCGAACGUGCUCGACAAGGAGCGGAACCUGAUGAACGAGGACCCGAAAUGGCAGGACACGAACUACGUGCUGGCCCACUAUAAGACGGAACCGUGCAAGCGUCCGCCGCGUCUCUGCCGUCAGGGUUACGCCUGUCCGCAGUUUCAUAAUAGCAAGGACAAACGGCGGAGCCCCAGAAAGUUCAAGUACCGAUCCACACCGUGCCCGAAUGUGAAGCAUGGGGAGGAGUGGGGUGAACCGGCGAACUGUGAGGCCGGCGACAACUGUCAGUACUGUCACACGCGCACCGAGCAGCAAUUUCAUCCGGAAAUCUACAAAUCGACCAAGUGUAACGAUGUGCAGCAGGCGGGCUAUUGCCCACGAUCGGUGUUUUGUGCGUUCGCGCACGUUGAGCCGUACAUCGUGAUGGAGGAAGAUUCGCAAGCUAUUGCCCUGUCGGACAUGCGCUCGUCCGUACUGUCAUCGGCCGACGGUGGUGGUGGAGGUGGCGGAACCGGACCAGCUGGAAGUGGUGUAGCUGGCGGUGGUAAUGGUGCUGGUGCCGGUAGCGGUGGUGUCAUUGCACCGGGCGUACUCGGUGGUAACGGUAGCGGUGGCGGUGGUGGUGUGGGCAAUGUUGCCGGCGGUCCGCUCGUAUCGGCCGUAGUCGGAUCGGGCAGUAAAAAGGAUGCCCACGACUUAACGAAUUUUUCCUACUUCCAGCUGCUGCCGAAUGGCAGUGCCGAGAGCAGCGAAUCGGCUAGCACUAGCAGCCUCGGCUCGAACAACAGCUCGCACAACAAAGCGCCCGGGUCGCAUUUGCAGCAGCAGAAGCACAACGCAGCACUGGUCGGCAACGGACAUAACGCUGGCAAUCCGCUCGGUGGAUUGAGUUUGCUGAGCAAUGGUGGACCAACGGGUGCCAACACUGGCAGUGCCAAUACUGGUUCCAUACUAUCAAAUCUUGAUUUUGCCCAGGAUCUACCUAAACAGAUGGUUGCUAUUGACCACGAACUCUCGCUGAAUCCUGUUGAACGCGAACAUCAGAAACGUAUGGCGUGCUUGACUUUUAAUAUGUUUAAUGUUGGCUCACCGCUCGAUGGUGGAAUGUAUGAUCUAGCCAGGCGAGACAAUAUGCACGGUCUUGAGAAUUCAAUGUCCGGUCUCAUGUCAUCGGGGCUGUUACCCAGCAGCUCGGCACCGGUUAACAUUCCAGGCUCCUCAAUGGGAAAUUCAAUUUCCGGCAUCCUGCAAGGCACAUCCGCACCGGUGAACAUUCCUGGCAGCUCGCUCGGCCACAACUUUAGUCCAUCGUCCCAUUCGAACCUAUUCGGUUUGCACGAUCCAUUCGGGACGCAUCACAUAGGAAGCGGUUCGGCACCGAAGCUCAGCAACAAUUCGUACGGACAAAAUCAUACAGAUAAUUUCUUCUUCCAUUCGAAUAACAUUAUCUCGCCCGUGCUCGGUGACGGUCUGUCCGCUAGCCCAGAAAUAAGAAGAAUGUCCGAUUUGAAUCCACUCAGCAGUGAGCUAAGCAGUAACACAACGAAUUUGCUGUUUGCCGAUAAUCAGCAUCACCAGGGACCGCAGGCGCAACCACCGCAGCAACAUCAUUUACAUCAUCAGGCACAACAGUCACAGCAACAGCAACAACAACCUCCCUCACAGCAGCAGCAACAGCAGCAGGCGCAAAAACAGCAAGUGUCACAACAACAGCAGCAGCAACAAGUGAUUAACUGGGAGGAGCGCGUACUGCAAGCGACAACCGCUUGCGAGGCAUGGAAAGCACAAAUGGAGGAAAGUAAUCGCAAGACGGCCAUUGCGGAACAGCAACGCGACGAGGCACUGUCGCACGUGAAAGCACUAACGGAAAAGCUGGAACAGUUUAAAUUAUCCGGCAACGGGUGCCCAUCCAACUAUCGUUCGUGUGAUCUGCGCGGCAUGCCACUGGCGAAAUUGAAAAACAUUCAGGCCAAACUGAGGGAAGAAAUCGAGGAGGUGGAAAUAGUAUUAUACCAAGAGACGGCCAACAAGUGUAUGAAGUGUGAGGAAAAGAAUCGCUCGGUUACGCUCGUACCGUGCAAUCACUACGUCGUCUGUGAUACGUGCGCAACAACUCAGCGCGAGUGUCCUUACUGCCAGACGCCGGUCACGCCGAAGGCGUAAAGGCGAUGCAGAAACAGGUCUGGUUACCAGACCUUUACACACAACCCGGCUUGAAUUGGAGCAAAACGGACAGCAGACAUCGUGUGGACAUCGACAUUAUCGUAUGGUAGUGAUAUGCCUGCCAUAUGCAGUGGCUAAAAGCGCUUUUAUGUUUCUCACGGCCCAGUAAGCGUCGGACGAGCGAUCGGAUUCGAUCACGAUUUAAUUGAAAACUUUAUACUAUUAAGCAUGCAUAGACGCAUACUAAUCAACUAUUAAUUUUGUCGUCAAGUUAUAGGAAUUGUACCGAUGGUUUAUUGCGAUAUUUUUGCCUUUUUUACAAUGAUACAUUUCCUAGCCCGUUUCAUGCAAUUUUAUACCGCAUUUAUUAUAAGUUUAUGUUUUACCUUUUUUUUUUGCUACGAGCAGCUUCAAUAUUUGGUACUGGGUAAAUACCAGCGUUAGAGGAUUAGAAACGAUAAUUAACAUUCGCUUUGCGAUAGCAAUGUACAAACGAUAUAUAAAUAUCUAUAUUGAUUGGGCAGCAUUCAUCACGAUUUACAUAAAAAGAAUAUACAAAAUCGCUCGAUUUUUCCCACACAAAGUUUCCCUCCCUCCUCCCUCCUACCCUGCUCCCACAAUGACAUACUUAUAAGAUGCAGCAUAUAUAUAUAUAUGCAGCAAACAUUCAAGUUAUUAUUUUGAACGAUUCUGCAAACUGAGCAAGUACACCGAUAACUAAUCAGAUGAUCAUACAAAUCCGACAUUGAUAUAUGACGUAGAUGUUUUAAAAACAAAUAUUCCAGUAUAAUAGUUUAAGUGGUCAGCUAAGAUAUAUACUAUAUAUUUACCUACGGUUUACGAAGAGAAAUAUCCUGAAAUUAUGACAAGAAAUGCAAGAGGUAGAUAGAUGGAGAGAAAAAAAAAGCGAACGAAAAUCGGGACAAGAUAGAGCAAGAUAGAGGAGAACGUAAAUAAUUUCGGUCUGGGCUUUAUUGUUUUCCAGUAAGCGUGUUCUAAAUGUUUUGAAUCAAACAAAAAAAAACUACCGACAAUUGUGUGUACAGCAGAAAGCCAGUAGAAGCAGA